AUGACGGUGACAUACUCCCGUAGGGUCGCCGACGCAGGUCUGGGCACCUUCUCUCACCUGCUUCUGCGCUGGAGGGGGAGCAUCUACAAGCUGCUCUACAGAGAGCUCAUCAUCUUUAGCGUUCUCUACUACUUCUUCAGUGUUGUCUACAGGUUUGUGCUAAACGAGCAUCAGAAGAGACUGUUUGAGAAGCUGUCCAUAUACUGUGACCGCUAUGCACAGCUCAUCCCUGUGUCCUUUGUGCUUGGUUUCUACGUGACCUUAGUAGUAUCCCGAUGGUGGGGCCAGUUUGAAAGUGUGCCCUGGCCGGACCGCCUUGCGGCCUUGAUUGGCGGGCACGUCCGCGGUGCUGAUGAGGCUGCCAGGCUGACCCGCCGUACCCUCAUGCGAUACGCCAACCUUUCUGGUGUGCUCAUCUACCGCUCCAUCAGCACAGCCGUGUAUAAGAGGUUCCCCACCAUGGAGCAUCUGGUGCAGGCAGGCCUAAUGACAGCAGAGGAGCUGAGGCAACUGCAGGACUUGCCUUCCCCACAUAAUAAGUUCUGGGUCCCGUGCAUGUGGUUUGUUAGCCUUGCUCUGAGAGCGCGGACGGAGGGCCGCAUCAACAACGACGUGGCACUCACCGCCAUUCUCACUGAGCUAAACAGUUUUCGGACAAAGUGUAUGAAGCUGUACGGUUACGACUGGAUCAGUCUGCCUCUUGUCUAUACUCAGGUGGUGACAGUGGCUGUCUAUAGUUUCUUCCUGGCUUGUCUGAUUGGUCGCCAGUUCUUGGAUCCAGCACAAGGUUACCCUGGUCAUGAUCUGGACUUCUACCUGCCGGUUUUCACCCUGUUACAGUUCUUCUUCUAUGUUGGCUGGCUUAAGGUGGCCGAGCAGCUUAUAAAUCCUUUCGGUGAAGAUGAUGACGACUUUGAGACCAACUGGCUAGUUGAUCGCAAUUUACAGGUGUCCUUGUUGUCCGUGGAUGAGAUGUAUGACAGCCUGCCAGUGCUACAGAAGGAUAAAUACUGGAAUGAAUCAGAACCCCAGCCGCCAUAUACUGCAGCCAGUGCUGAGCACCGCAAACCCUCCUUUAUGGGAUCAGCGCUUGAUAUUAGUGUGCCCAAAGAAGAGAUGGAGUUCCAGUCCAAUUUGGAGCAGAUCAGGGAACAUGAGGAGGCUAACUACUCCACCCCUCUGCUAGGAGGGCUCGGUCGGCUCCUGGGGGUCCACUCCCCGAGUUUCCCUCGCUCCUCCCGAGUAUCUCUACUGCGCCGGCGCCCUGGGGCUCCUCUUAGCCGUUUCCCUCUUUACCUGCACCCAGAGGCGCCAUCAACCCCAAGCCAGGUCCGCCAGCCUCCUAGUCAUGAGCGAGAUCCAGACUAUGCCUUCUCCUCUAUGUCUUUGUAUGAGAGACCUGGUUUCUACAGCUGCCCACAAACUCCAAUCCAUUGUGUACCCCCUGCUGUGCCUCGCCCUCGGCCAAUCCGGCGAGCACAAGGUGAUGGGGACCGUAGCUGCAGUUCACUGGCACCUCCAACAGUGGGUUCACAGUUGCUCCCUCCUGAUACCCCUAACCAUGUGGCACCACCCCCAUCCUCUGCUUUCCCAUGGCUGGAUGAAGAUAGCGAGGUGCCUAGUGCCCCUGCCUUCUUCUUCCCUGACCCUGCUCCUGAGCUCUGUCCAAUAUCUAAACUGAAACCUGGGCAUGGCCUGCUGUCUCGUCGCCCUCCGCCUCCUCACCUUACUCUAGAUACCCUGCCCUCGGCUGAUAGUCAGCCUGGACCCCAAAGUGCUCGUGGGGUGGGCAGUGGAGGGGAGAGGGUAUUCUCGUUUACUCCUCCCUCUCGUAUUUCAGCAGCAAAUGCCAGUAAUCCCAAUACCAGCUGUACCAACAUUAACGCAUCAGGCACUACCAGCACUAACACCUCAGCCAGUCUCUGCAAUGGUGCCAGUCACAACAACUUCACUAACCAUGGGAAUUUCAGUAGCAGCAUUCGAGCAAGUAAUGGGGGAAUCAGUGGAGGCAUGAGCAACAACAUGAACACAAUUUCUACUUCUGGCUCAUCCCAGCAAAUAGCCAAUCAGCAGCACUCACCCAAUGAUUCAGGAAUCUCAUUGGCUGAAAGGGACCUGCUGGGUGUUCUAGUGGAUAGUGGCGUGAACAAGGCUGCUGGAGGACGGGAGCAGGACAACGCAUGA